AGAUGGAAAAAACAAUGAGCAAAUCGAAGAACUCGUUCCAGUUCGAACUCCGGAGCAGCAGCUUUGGCGAAUCAGCUGAUUUCGGCAGAAGGAAAGAAUGUCAGUAGCCUCGUCUCACCAAGCUUUCCUCGCCAACGCCCUCCUCGCUCGGUCCACCCACAAGCCCCAGAAGAAGUUCCUGGGCUCUGUCAGCACAGUCUCCUGCAGACGCGGACACCCAUCAUCAUCAUUAUCAUCAUAUGAUCACGAUGGCUCCAAUGAUUCUUCGAGGAGGAACGACAAUCAGCUGGCGAAACUGGCUAUAGUGACGCUCGCGGCGGGGGUUUUGACGCUUGGGUCAGUGCAAGAUGCUUCGGCCGCCAAGACCGGGGGUAGAAUCGGUGGUCAGGCGUUCAGGUCGUCGGCGCCGAGGCCAUCUGCUCCACGAGGCAAUAAUUCGAGGACAAAUAUUUACAUUAAUCCACCUGUUGCCCCACCCUUAAUUGGUGGAUAUGGGUACGGUUAUGGUGUGCCAUUCUAUGGAGGCUGGGGUUGGUCGCCGUUUUCAUUCUUUGCUCCGGGUCCUAGUGUUGCCGUCGGUGUUGGAGGCGGGUUUGACGCCCUUGCUUUCUUUCUGAUUCUCGGUGCUGUUGCUGCUGUCGUGAGGAGAUUCACGGGACCUCGGGAUGAUGAAGAUGAUUACUAGUUACUCUGAAAAUUUUGUAUUGGCAAAAAGUUAUCUAUAUAUGAUCUUCAUGGAGAAACUGCAGGACGUGUAUGGUUGGCCUGAUUGUGUAUUCUAAAACAAGCCACAAGAAGCAACCCGGAAUAUGGUUCUGAGAAUCAUUUGGUGCAAAAAGAUCUUAUGAUGUAAAUUGUUAUAUCGAAAGUUACUCUUAUAGUUUGAGCUUGUUAUAGAAAAGCAACUUUUGCUGUC